CUAUGUCUCAUUAUAUUUGUGGAAUAUACAAAAAUAUCUUGUAAGUUUGUCGCACAACCUUUGAUAAGUGCGCAAAAUUGAGGGCAAUCAGAAACAAAGGCGUUGUAAACAUGAUUAUUCCAGUUCGUUGCUUCACUUGCGGCAAGGUCAUCGGAAAUAAAUGGGACACUUACCUUGACCUUCUUCAAGCUGAUUACACUGAAGGGGAUGCCCUUGAUGCAUUAGGAUUAGUUCGCUAUUGUUGCAGGAGAAUGCUGAUGACCCACGUCGACUUGAUUGAGAAGCUCUUGAACUACAACACUCUAGACAAGUCUGAUACUAGCUGAUGAGCUUUUGGGAGCAGUGGUGGAACCGUAUAACAUGACCAUCUUUUGCUGAAUAGUAUUAGGGACUAAUUUUGGUGGAUUCAAGAUUUGAAGAUUGCCAUAGUUUAGGACGCAAGUAUGAAUCUUCUAUUGUUUACAUGAAGUUAUUAUAUACUUCGUAUGAAUUUGAGACUGCAUUAGUAAACAUACAGCUCGGUUUCAAGUUUUCAGAGGCUUUUUGUUGGAGACUUUGGCAAAUUCUGUAAAUUUUUGUGGACAAAUGAAUAAUGUUGUAUGGUAUAUACUUCUUUCUUUUAACUUA